GCCAGCCUCUCCAUCCUCGCGCGUCCUUGGACGGAUCAGUUACUAUGGAGAUCGUCAAGAGAGCGCGUGCUUUCUCCUCUUCUCGCGCGUGAACUAGUGGGAGUAAAGGGGCGAUGAGUUGAGAGAUCGGUGCAAUGAGAGACGCGAUAUCUGUGUUAUUUCUGGAAUAAAUCUGUUGUUGUUAAAAGAACCCCCCAGAACUUAUACUGUAGUCCAGGUCACGAGAUGGGCAGCGCGUCUUCCGCCUAUCGGAUGAUUUACCUGGACGUGGAUGGACGGAUUCAGAAGGUGGUGUUUAGUCGUUUCUGUAGUCCCUGUGACAUUAAGGAGCUACUCUGUACGGCCAUUGGCCUCUCCAGGAACACAACCAUUUCUCUUCUGGACUCAACAGGAGCGAUGGUCUCUAUCGACCCCACAAUGCCAAACAACUCUGAGAGGUCACCAUACAAAGUGGUGCCAAUAACUGGCGGACAACUUGCAGAUAAAGAAGAGCUUUUCCAGAAUGUAUUGACUCAGGUGGCAGAGCAAUUCUCCAGGGCAUUCAAAAUAAAUGAAUUGAAGACUGAGGUGACGAAUCGUCUAGCCAUGCUGGAGAAAAGAGUAGAAUUGGAGGGUAUGAAGGUGGUGGAGAUCGAGAAAUGUCGCAGUGAUAUCAAGAAGCUGCGGGAGGAGAUGGCCUCCAGGAACAACAGUAGUUUCCCAGAUGACAACAAGAAAUUAACUCCUCGCAGAGAUGUGCCUUCAUACCCAAAGUACAUGCUUUCCCAACAAACCAUAGAUGCCCUCAGAAAACCCACCUUCGACGUCUGGCUGUGGGAAUCCAACGAGUAUCACCUCUCCCAGGAGACAGUAGAAGCUUUGAGGCAGCCAAUCUUCGAUGUGUGGCAAUGGGAACCUAAUGAGAUGCUGAGCUGUCUGGAGCAUAUGUACCAUGACCUGGGACUGGUAAAGGACUUUAAUAUAAACCCCAUCACACUGAAAAGAUGGCUGCUCUGCAUCCACGACAAUUACAGGAACAAUCCAUUUCAUAAUUUCCGCCAUUGCUUCUGCGUCACACAGAUGAUGUACAGCAUGAUCUGCCUCUGCAACCUACAGGAAAAGUUCCCACAAGUAGACGUUCUUAUUUUGAUGACAGCCGCUGUGUGUCACGACCUGGAUCAUCCCGGGUACAACAAUACGUAUCAGAUUAAUGCGCGCACAGAGCUGGCUGUGAGAUACAAUGACAUCUCUCCUCUGGAGAAUCACCACUGCGCUGUGGCCUUCCAGAUCUUCUCUCAGCCAGACUGCAACAUCUUUGCCAACUUUGAUCCUGAAGCCUUCAAACAGAUUCGUCAGGGAACUAUUACUCUGAUACUGGCAACAGACAUGGCUCGACAUGGAGAGAUACUGGACUCCUUUAAACAGAAAGUGGACAACUUUGACUUCACUAAUGAGGAACAUGUUACUUGUUUAAAGAUGGUUCUGAUUAAAUGCUGUGACAUCUCUAAUGAAGUUCGGCCGAUGGAGGUUGCCGAGCCUUGGGUGGACUGUUUGCUGGAAGAGUAUUUCAUGCAGAGCGAUCGAGAGAAAGCAGAGGGUUUACCUGUCGCUCCUUUCAUGGACAGAGAAAAAGUGACCAAGCCCACUGCUCAGAUCGGCUUCAUCAAGUUUGUCCUCAUUCCCAUGUUUGAGACAGUGAUGAAGUUGUUUCCUCAGAUUGAGGAGGUAAUGGUACAGCCACUAAGAGAAUCCCGGGACAGAUAUGAAGAGCUCAAACAGAUAGAUGACGCAAUGAAUGAGAUACAGAAGAAGAGUGAAAACUUAACAAUGGGAGGAAAAAAGAAAUGAGAUAACAUUGCAGACAAUAAAAAUGGACAUUGAGUGACAUUUUGUCAUUUCAGAAAAUCCAAAGCUUCUUUCAGGGAAUUGAGUCUUGUACAGCUC